UUAAUUUUUAAGUUAGUUUGCUCGUGAAUAAGAAUAAGUCGCCUGGAGCGUUUUUGCAACUGCCCAUUUUCACUCCCCACAUUCAUCACUACCCGCUCCAACUUCCUCCCCCACUUCUUAAUCCCAUUCCGCCCACCAAAAUCUCAACCAUUUUUUUUCAAUUAUAAAUACAAAAAAAAAAAUAAAAAAAAAUACUCAUCAUCAAGAUUUAUGGAGGAAAUGAGAAAGAGUUCGUCACAAUUAGUACAUCAAGAAACAGAGGAUAUUAUGGGUUUAGUUGGUAAUCAUCAGUUGUUGGAGAAAGAUUAUGUACCAAAUUCAAGUACUCCUAAGCUUUCUCUGUCCAAACUCCCAAAUAAGCAUAAAUUCAGAGAAACGAUGGUGAAUUUCAUGGCUACUCCGCCCAGAAAGAUAUCAGUUUCAAUUCCAUUUCAAUGGGAGGAAGCACCUGGGAAACCCAGAUCAUCUUCAAUCAACAGCAACACCAUUACAACUAGUACUAAUACUACUACUACCGCUAGAAGAUUACACUUGCCGCCGAGGCUGGUUGUUGUGAAUAAUAAUUUGAACAACUGUGAUUUUUCUUCUACUUAUUCUUCUUCGAAAUUGAGUGCGGAAAAUUAUUACUCUCCGACCACGGUGCUGGACGGCCCUGAUCAGGAAAAAGAAUACUCUGCUUUGAGUCUUGAAGAAGAAUUUAUCAGGGAGGUCAAAUAUCAUCAUCAUUAUGGUGAUCAUCAGGAGAGAUCAUUCAAGUGUAGUUCAUGGGGGUUGAAAAGCUUGAAAGAGGAGGGCAAAUGGCCUCCAUUCCCAGCUGAUCGUAGUUUUAUGGAUUUUCCUUCAUCUGCUUCUGCUGUCGGUUUUCCCCAUUCGAAGAGCCACAGUACUAGGAGUUGCAGUUCUUACAAGCUACUUCCUCGGUUCAAAAGGAGAAGCAGUUUUGCCAGUUUGUCAAAUGCCAGCUCCAACUUCUUGGCCGGCGUAUAUGGGAACUUGAAGCAAGCAGUGGUUCAAUGGAGACGCAGACAAGAUCAGAAGCAAAGUUAGGACAUAUGUCACGCACAGCAAAGUUAUAUAUGAAUCUUAAAGGGCUCAGGCGGCAGGAGCUUUUGGCUCAGUCGUAGAAGAUUACAUAGAGAUAGAUAGUAUACAUCUUUAUUUCAUAAUGUCAAUAUCAACAACUCCGUAUUAGAAGUUGAACAUUUCAAAGUCAUUCAGGGGGAUCAUUGUUACGGCAAACACCCUGCAAUUUUGGAACAGUUCAAGAAAGGAGUACAAUAUACUAACGGAUUUACCCAUUUGCCAAUAUUUGCUAGUACUAUAUAAACACCAGUGUUUGAUUUGAGUUCCAUGACUAGGAAUUAGCAGGAAACAAAUUAUAUAUAGAUAAG